UCGUGGUACAAGUACCUCAUUAAGCUAAAAAUGCGCAUAUAGGUGUGAGGUGUAUAAUUUUCUAAAGUGCUACUUCGUACAAAUUAUACAAACAGCAUUUAUUUUCUCGGGUUCGUUUAGAAAAAUAUCUGAAUAUUUAAGAUAUGAGAAUUAGUUGUGCAUUAUUUUUCUUUAUUGUAUUGGUGAGUGCAAAUGGCUUAAGAUUUUUGCGAAGAAGAAGUCAGAAUAAGACAUUACAAAUACAAACGCAGAAUGGAAUUGUGCAAGGCAUCGAAGAAAGAAGCGGGUAUGGACGAACAUUUUACAGUUUUAUGGGUAUUCCAUUUGCCAGACCUCCUAUUGGAAAUCUUCGGUUUAGAGCACCAGAACCACCAAAUCCAUGGAGAGGUAUUUUAGAUGCAACGCAAGAAGCUUCAUGUUGUAUGGGUCUAGUACCGGAAUAUGUAAAUGCUUUUAAUCUGUCAUCAGAUGGCUCUGAAGAUUGUCUUUACUUGAACAUUUAUACACCAAAGAAUCAGAAUAUAGAAACAUUUAAUCCUCUACCAGUCUAUGUUUUUAUUUAUGGUGGUGGUUUUAUGAUCGGAUGUUCUAACAGAGUACUUUAUGGGCCAGAACAUUUUAUGGAACGUGACGUUAUUUUGGUCACGAUGAAUUACAGAUUGGGAAUUUUAGGUUUUAUGAGUACUGAAGAUUUAGAAUGCCCAGGAAAUUGGGGUAUAAAAGACCAACUAGCGUCUUUAAAAUGGGUGAAUGAAAAUAUAAAGAAUUUUGGAGGCGAUAAUAGAAAAAUUACUCUUGGAGGACACAGUGCCGGAGCUGCAAGUGCAAACAUACUCUUAUUGUCGCCAAGAGCAUCAGGAUUAUUUCAAGGAAUUAUAAUGCAAAGUGGAACUAUUUUAUGUCCUUGGAGUAACCAAACUAAAUCCAGAGAAAUAGCUUUCAGAACUGGAUUGGCUUUAGGAAUUGAAACACAAAAUAGUAAAGAGUUGGUCUCUGAGCUGAGAAAAGUGGAUGUAAAAGAACUGACCACAAGAAUGAUACCUGUUUUAUUAUUGGAAUUAAUGGUUAUGAUUAAAGGUGGUUUUCCUUUUACUCCUGUAGUGGAACCGAACCACAAAGAUGCCGUUAUAACAAAUGACAGCUAUGACGAAAUGAAAAAGGGAAAUUUUCCGAAAAUGCCCGUUUUAGCUGGAGUAACCGAAUUUGAGUUUGGUCUUUUUCAAGGAACUGUACAAGUAUUUUACCCUUAUCUUGUUACGCUACUGAACGUAACACCUGGAUUUGCAGUCAAAAAUAUUAAAUCAGUUGCAGACAGAUAUAUCGUUGGUAAAAAAAUUCAGAGAUACUUUACACACAAAGAUAGUUAUGAGCUAUCUAAUAUGAGAGAUCUGUUGGAGUAUCUUGGCGAAGAUUUCUUUAAUUAUCCCGUUCAAAAAACUCUUAGUUUCAUUUCUAGAAAAAGCCCUGUAUAUUUUUACGUGUUCUCGUACGAAGGACCGUCAAGUCAGAAGGCUUUAGCCGAAUUGAUAAAAUUGAAAGAGAGAAAAAUUAAAGGGGCUUGCCACAGCGAGGAAAUAUAUUAUUUAUUUAACGGCUCUGUUUCCAGCAAUUCUGAUAAAAGGGACGCUAUGGACACGCAGGUUUCCAGAAACAUGAUAAAUAUUUGGUCUAAUUUUAUUACCUAUGGAAAUCCCUCAACACCAGAGCUGGAAAAUAUCAGUUGGCCAACAGUAACAGAUGAUUAUUUUCCAUACGUCAGAAUUGGAUAUAACUUGAAACUUAUACAUGAAAGUUACAACAAGAAAAACUAUGAAUUUUGGGAAAAUAUUUAUAAGACUUUUUCUAAUUAACAAUUUGUAUCUGUUAAUGUGACUAUUAAAUGAAAUAAAUAUAGACAAUCCUCAAUUUCU